UUGUAAAUUGAAAUUGUAAGAUGAAAGUUGAGCCCCGAACCUGAAAGGAGAAGAUGUUGAUGAUGUGGUGUGGAAAUACAGCGGGAGUGCUCUUCGUCCCAUCUUGCUUUUGCUCUUGUUGGAAAUGGAAACUCUACCCUCCUCCUCCUCCUACAACGGAAUUGGUUUCGCGGAAGCUGAAUCGCCGUCAGAGUGUGAAGUUGUUUUGUCAAAAUACGGAAAAUGUUAAUUCUUCUUAUGACUUCGAUCCCGAGCUGCGCUCCGCCCUUGAACUUGCUACUCAGUCUGAGUUAUGUGAAAUUCAAACUAUCCUUUUCGGUCCAAGGUGGGUGGCUACUUGAGUCCUUUGCUCAAAUCCAUCACAUUAACAACUCCAACUACAACUAGCAUGGUUGAACAAGACAUUCAACUCCGCCAACAAUUUAUAGCCACACUCGAGUCCCGAUUUUUCUACUUAGCAGCCGAUGCACGCUCAACUUUAAGGGGUUGGAGACCCACUUACAGAAAUGUCUUGCUUCAACUAAGGAAUAAAUUGAGUAUUCCCUGCUCAACCAAACUCUCUACUCACGACCUUGAAUUAGAAAUAUUCCUCCACCUUUUACACUAUAACUCAGAUGAAGAAUCAGAAAACGAUACAGCCUUAUUGGAUGUAUCCACCGAGUCUGAUGCUCAAGGAACUCUACAGCUUGGACUCAAUCAAUGGAAAAUGCAGUCAAACGUUGGAAAACAAGACUUUCAAUCUCUUCUUUUAAAGGGAGGUAGUAUACUUACGUUGGCAAAGAUCUAUCAAUUGUUGGCAAGGAAAUUAUCUGGAAAAUUGAUUGGAGAAGCUGCUAAUUACCAGGUUAAGAAAGAGUUGUUGAAGAAGGGUGGACAGUUAGCUUUGAUCAAUUUAGAAUCCAGAACUGCUUUGCUUGCAGCUAAACAGGGUUUUCUUGGUGCUGCAUCAAGAUAUCUGGGUUUUAGAAGCGUGCUCACAUUACUUGGACCUGUGCUUUGGGGAACAUUUCUGGCUGAUCUGGUUAUUCAAAUGCUGGGAACAGAUUAUGCUAGAAUCUUGCGAACAAUUUAUGCUUUAGCUCAGAUUCGUGUCAUCCGCACAUAUAAGUUGCCAUCUGAUAUUGCUGAGGAAUAGCCAAGUGGUUCCUUUCAUGAUGGUGGUUGGUGAAUAGGUUGGAUUUUGAGCUCGUUGAAAAUUUUAAAGGAAAGCAAUGUGUAGGAAAACAGUUCCAGAGUAUCACAAGCACCACUCUUAAAAUUUGUAAAUAUCUCAAUAUUGGUCUUAAUGCAUACAUAUUUUUGCUGCUGAAUUAAGUCAUUCCUCUGAAGAUUUAUUGGUUUUUAGUAAAUAAUUCAAAGAUGGAAUACUUAAUUUUAUACUGUAUAAUGCUAUACUUUUUUGUUGAAUUAAAAAUAUUGUUUAGGCUAAAUAAGGGGUUUUAGUCGCUUAGCUUG